CUAGUGUAUAUUGGAAUUUUUCCCACAUUUCCUCCUCUCAUAUUAGAAUUUAGAAGAACCCUUCUUGCAGCAGGUUCACUCGCGUCUGCUUUGAUUCGGACUCCAGUGGGAAGCGUUUCCACUUUCCAGUGCCGUCGUUUGAGUUUCUGCUGAGAUAAAGAUGGCUAGUUUCCCCCCCUUCUUUAUGUUUUCCUUUGUGUUUUCUCUAGAGAAGUUAAUGGGGGAAGUCACUUCGUGUUUUUGCUGUUGUUUGAUCUCCGGAAAAUGAAGGUUUACUUCCAUUUCUCUUUGAAAAUUCUCGAUUUUUGUAUGUUUUUUCUUUCCUGCUGGUAGGGGAACUUGAGGAGGACCCAUUGAUUGGUUCCCGUACUGGAUAUUUCGUCAAGAAAUCUCGUGUGGUUGGUGAAAUUAGGGAGUAGCCAGCCAUGCCAGACGUGCAGGCCCUCGUUAAUGACUUCCUCAAUAAGCUUAAGAAACGUAAAAUUGAGGGCUCCCAGGCAACAGCGAAGCAGACUGCUGAACUCCUGCGCUCAGUGAUUUCACAGCAGCGGGUGCCUUAUACUAAUCAGGCUGGAGCCUUGAUUGAUUCUGUUAGAGCUAUUGGAGAGCAGCUUAUUGCUGCAAAUCCUAUUGAGCUAGCUGUGGGUAAUAUUGUGAGGCGUGUUUUGCACAUUAUUAGGGAAGAGGAUCUUUCAUUGACAACAGCUGCUGUUACGGAGUUGAACUUAUCAACCAUAAGUGAUGACGACGACGAUGAUGGUGGUGGUAACCAAGAUGAUCACCCAGUUCUAUCAGCAGCGGCUGUUGCUGCUGCUGCAAGGAGCAGCCUUCGUCCACCAUCCUUGCAAAUGUUACUGGAGGGUGCACCUGAAUUUGUUGCUGUUCCUCGUUCAUCUUCUUCUGGUGGUGAUUCUGAAGGGAAAAGCAAAUCUAUGGAUAGAAAUUCAAGAACACGAAAGCUGAAACAUGAUGUCAUUGAAGCAGUUAACGAGCUCAUUCAAGAUAUUACAACGUGUCAUGAACUUAUUGCCGAGCAAGCUGUGGAGCAUAUUCAUCAGAAUGAGGUAAUAUUAACUUUAGGAAGUUCAAAAACAGUGUUAGAGUUCCUGUGUGCUGCAAAAGAGAAGAAAAGAUCAUUUCGUGUAUUUGUCGCUGAGGGAGCUCCAAGGUAUCAGGGGCAUCUACUGGCAAAAGAAUUGGCUGCAAGGGGAUUGCAGACCACUGUAAUUACUGAUUCUGCAGUUUUUGCAAUGAUUUCUCGAGUAAACAUGGUUAUAGUGGGAUCGCAUGCUGUGAUGGCGAAUGGUGGGGUCAUAGCACCUGUUGGAAUGAAUAUGGUUGCACUUGCAGCUCAAAAGCAUGCCGUCCCUUUUGUUGUGCUUGCUGGUAUUCACAAGUUGUGCCCCUUGUAUCCUCAUAAUCCUGAGGUGUUACUGAAUGAACUGAGAUCCCCAUCGGAGCUGCUAGAUUUUGGCGAAUUUUCUGAUUGCUUAGAUUUUGGGAGUGGCGACGGUUCCCCUCUCCUUCAUGUUGUCAACCCAACAUUUGAUUAUGUCCCACCAAAGGUCGUUAGUUUGUUUAUCACAGACACUGGUGGGCAUAAUCCUUCCUACAUGUAUCGGCUCAUUGCUGAUUAUUAUUCAGCUGAUGAUUUAGUGGUGCAAAGAAGGCAUUCCGCAGUUAAUUGAAUUUGGGAAGAAGAAAGCUCCUUUGUGCAGUAUAUGACGUAACUUGUUAGCCAGUACUGCUGCCGUCAAAGAAGAAAGGAAUGAGGCUCUGAUUGACUGGCCAAUUUUGUGGAAUGUAAUAAAAUAAAAAGACAUACAAAAAUCUGCAUCAAAUUGAGGGCAAGGGAAAGGAAAAGCUUGACGGUGUUCUUAUUUAUGAAUGUAGUAAGAAUCUUGUAUUUGCCCAGAGAAGAGUCAUGACAGCGACUGAAGUGUUAUUUUUCAGGAUGCUCUAUACUCGUAGGCCUAGUCCUCGGGGAAAUUUUGAUCUUAGAUGGUUUUUGUAGUUGAAAUAAGGUUCGGAUACGUUUAAUACCAGAUGCUGCUUUCAUUUUCAGAGCCUCAAUAGCACUGUUAGAAGCAUUUUGUAUUGAAUUGGACUCGUACGCAUUUGACAGAAAUUAAAGGAUAUUAUGAGAACGGAAGAACUUGAUU